UUUGUUUUUGCUGUCACAAGGACUCACUGACAUUGUUGAGAAUUGGGCCAACCAGCAAUAUACGGCAGUUUUUUCUUAUCUCAUCAGGGAAUUCAUGCCCAUUUCGGAUAUGCAGUCCAUGACGUCUAUUCGUAGAACUUUAGUCUUCUUUGACCUGGAGACCACGGAAUUGGAACCCAGCAGGGGUGAUAUCAUCCAGCUGGCGGCCGUCAGCGGAGAUCACACCUUCAACGUGUACAUGAUGCCCGAGGUCGCCAUCGACAAACGGACCACGGCGGUCACAGGCUUCAAGGUCGAAGAUGGCGAACUCCUCCAGGACAAUAUGUCAGUAUCUCAGAAGACCUUCACCUUGCACCAGGCCCUGACCUCCUUCAUCGCCUUCCUGCGGUCCUUAAAGCAGCCCGUGCUGCUGGCUGCGCACAACGCCAAAUACUUUCACAGAUGUAAACUGGAAAAAGAGCUAUAUAGGUGUGCCCUCACUGAUCAGUUCAAGCAGCUGGGCUGCAGAUUUUUGGACACCUGGCAACUCAGUAAGGCGCUCUUUCCGGGGUUAGGCAGCUAUCAACAAAAUAAUCUGUCGUACCCCUUCCUGGGAAAAAUCGACAUUGCCCACAAUGCAUUUAAGAAUGCUAGGGCUCUGCAGGAGCUGUACGGUUGUUGGAAUCCCGACGAAGAGUCUGUCAUUCUAUGUUCAUUCUAGCAGCCGCUAGAUCUAUUUGGUGUUGUUGUUUAAUAAACUAAGCUCAAAAUCAACCAAUCGUUGUUAAUUGUCUCAUUGAAGGUCAAUGUAUGGCCCUAUGCCAUUGGUUAGUCUACCUGUAUUCCCCAUACCUUUAAGCCUACCAGUAGUGGACAGCACUAUUUACUGUGGAGUUAAAAAUAAUAAAAAGUGAAUAUUCUUUUUGCAAAUGAUGAUAGACCGACUAAUAAUGCCACCUCAUUGUGCUUUUCAAUUAAGAAAUGUCGAAUAUUAUUUCAUAAUAAAUGUGGCAAAGAAAAUAGAAAGUUUUUCAGUCAGGUGUGUGAGGAUUUCAGUGAAAAUGGAAGGCGAUUGAAGA